UUCCAAACUCUACAAAAUGAGAAGGCCCGAUCUAACUACGGCCGAGAGAAACACGAUUGUGCAGUUUCUUCUUCACAACUCCAACAACGGGAAGCCAAAAAGAGGGAAGAUCCAAGAAGCUAUCAUCAAGUUUGGGUGCUCUCGACGAACCGUGAGACGACUAUGGGCUGCAGCAAGAAAACAAUAUGACAAUGGUGAGCAUAUGAAUUCAGUAAGCACAAAAAUUCAAAAACCAAGAAGAAAAAGAGUGCAAAUUGACUUAGAGCUCAUAUCAAGCUUGGAGUUGAGCAAGAGAAGCACAAUUAGAAGGCUUGCUGUUGGAAUAAAUUGCAGUAAAAGCACAGUCGGGAGAUGGGUUAACAAAGGUUUGAUCAGAGCUCACACUAGUGCAAUUAAACCUGACUUAACUGCUCCUAACAAGCUGUUACGUUUGAGAUUCAGCCUCGAAGCCAUCGAAUAUGAUAGAAUCCUCAAGAUUCUUCAAUUCAAAAGCAUGCACAACACAGUGCAUAUCGAUGAGAAGUGGUUUUACAUAACCAAAACUUCUCAAAGGUUUUAUUUAACCCCCGAGGAGGCUGAACCGCACAGAACUUGCAAAUCGAAAAAAUUCAUCACAAAAGUGAUGUUCAUCUGCGCUGUGUGCAGACCCAUCUUUGCACCAGAUGGGAGUGUGUUGUUUGAUGGUAAAAUUGGGAUUUUCCCAUUCACAGAGAUGGUUCCAGCACAAAGGAAGAGCAAGAACAGGGAGGCAGGCACUUUAGAGCAAAAGCCGAUUCAGUCCAUAACAAAGGAAGUAAUCAAAGACUUCAUACUCAGGAAGAUCAUACCAGCCAUCAAGCAAAAAUGGCCAGCAUUUGCUAGUAAAGUUAUCUUUAUUCAACAAGACAAUGCACGACCACACAUCAAAGACAAUGAUCCUCAAUUUAGAGAGGCAGCAAGUGCAGAUGGGUUUGAUAUAAGGAUAGUAAAUCAGCCUCCAAAUUCUCCAGACACAAACAUCAACGACUUAGGAUGGUUUAGAGCCAUUCAAAGCUUACAAAACGAAACAGCUUGCAACAAUGUGGAUUCAUUAGUGAAGGCAGUUGAGAAAUCAUUUGAAGAGUUAUCUCCAACAACACUCAAUAACGUCUUCUUAAGCUUACAAGGAUGCAUGGUGGAGAUAAUGAAGGUAAAGGGCCAGAAUUCUUACAAAAUUCCUCACAUGAAGAAAGGGGCUCUAAUUAGGGCUAAUCAACUUCCAUUGAAUUUGGAAGUUCCAGCCGAGUUGGUAAGGGAAUGCAUUUCCUACCUAAUGGAACAGGGCAUUGUUGAUGGAAUGUACCAUCUAAUGAAUAAGUUACGCAUAGCAAACUACUCAUUAGAUGGCAUUGAAUACCUAAUGAAUAACUUAGGUAUUCAACAGCCACCAAUGCUAUAUUAGACUAGUAUGUGAAGCUUUUUGUGAACCUCUAUGCUUUUGCUAGAUUAGACUAGUAUGUGAAGUUAUUUUGUGAACCUCUAUGCUUUUGCUAAGGCCAAACAUGAAUGAAUAUUUUGUUUUAUCA